AUGAGUUGUGAUAGGGGAAAAAGCGCAUUAAUAAGAUUAGUAAUUAUUGAAUAUCAACAGUUAAGUCCACUCAACUUUUAUAUUUUAUGGAUUACAAAAUUCAUGAAUAUAGUCCUGAAGAAUUGUAUGAAAACAAAGCUCGAUUAUUCGAAUAAUUAAUGGCAGAAUGGAACAAUAUGAGUGCCAAUGAACAAGAGAAAUAUAGUAAAAAAGUUCAAUUCACCAAUGCAGGUGAAAAAGCAAAAUAGCGCAAAGAUGAAUCUACUCUUGAAACAUUGUAUGAAACUGCAGUUGAAAAACACAACAAUAGAUAAUAAUCAAUAAUAGAAGAAAGAGGGGAAAGAUAAGAAAGUUUUGAGGAAAUAAAAUAAGCAGAAAUAAUUAAAGAGCAUUGUAUUAAUAAAUUAAAUUUUAGUAGAAAAUAGUAAACAUGCCAGAUUUCUUGAAGAGUAAAAACAGGAACAUUAAAUCUUAAAUUAAGAGUUUUCUGAAAAAGAAACUAAUUCAUAAGAGCCUCCAUUAAAAAAUAAAAAAUCUAAAAUUAUUUAAGAACCUAAAGACUAUUAAGCGAAUGUCAAUAUUACAGAAAAGAAUGAGAAUAUCUAAGAAAAAAAUGAAAUAAGAGAAUAAAAAGACAAUCUUGGAAAUAGAAGGUCUAAUGCAGGUAGGAAACGCUCUCAAAAAGAAACAGUUGAAAAAAUUAAGUCAAAACGAGGUUCUGUUAGGAAAAGAGCAUUAAGUCUUUCAAAAUAAAUAUAGUUAUAGUAACAUAAUAAUCAAAAACACUUUUUUGUAGAUGAAACACUUAGCUUGAGAUAACUAAAGGAUUAGAUUAAGAUAUUGUUAAACCAAAAUGAAUGA